GUGCGCACACGCAACGCUCGCUGCAGAAACACCCAAUUGAAAGAACCAGGAAAAGCUGGCCACAAAGCUCUAGCCACAACAUGUAUCUGGAUACGAAAAACCUGACGGCCAACAGUGGCAGCAAUAGCCUAGCGGCAAUGCCCACGACACCUGCAAAGCGCAUGCGCAAAGUCUGGUUGCCACUGCGACGUCUGCUGACAGUGGGUGGCAAAGGUCGACCCGCCCCACUGACCUUGGCCCAUCCCAACAACGUGGAUCUCAACAACACACAGCAACAGCUUCCCCAGUUGGAGUUGCUCAUCACAGACGAGAGUAAAGCAGCACCUGAAGAGUCUACGCAAAAAUACGGCCUGGAGUUGAGACAAUCCCCGCAGGAGGAGCUGGAGGAUGUGUCUCUCACUCAGCCACCCAACACGCCCACCCUGAUAAGCAGUGUCUACGUGGAGAAGGUCAGUGCCCGGAGCUGUGGGGCCUGCCAGCAUGGACGCAACUGCCAGCACACACAUCACAGUAGCAGCAGCAGCAGCAGCAGCAGCAACAUCAACAUCAACAGCAGCAACAUCAGCAGCAGCAGCAACACGCCCCAACAGUUGCCCAGUUCUGUGUGGGAUCUUCAGUUGCCGCUGCAGUACAUCAGCACGGAUAACGGCACCUUCUUCUGGACCAACUCUCAGGAAAGAGUUGACGACGAUCUGCUUCAUGCUCUGCUCUGUCAGAGCUUCAGUCAGUUGCCAGGAACAUUAUGCUAAGGUGGAUUUACGCCACCCACAAACUAAACCCCACCCAUUGAACUCACAACACUAAACCAGAUCUCAAUCAUAAAGGGGGUAAUACCUCCAAAAUAUUGUAAUUUCAACU